AUGAUAGCAGGAUUUAGUAUGGUAACUGCUGGAUUAGUUCUUGAAUGUGUUAAGGAAUUAAAUGUAUUUAAAGAAAUAACUGAAAUUUAUAUACUUGAUGUCGCUUUACUUGGUUUAAAAGGAAAUUUAGAAAUGACAUUAGUAUCACAUUUAUCUACAAAAGGUGAUAUAGAAGGUAAUACUUCAUAUCUUCAAACUCCAUGUUUAGCUAAUUUACGUGGACGUCAAGGUCUUUUUCUUGCAACACAUUGUAUUAAAUUAAUUGCUUAUUCGCCAGAACCAAAUUCUAUUCAAUAUAUAUAUCGAACAUGUAGUAGAGAUGAAGGUGAUGAUAAUGGAAUCACUCGUACAAGUCAUUGUGGUUUUAUUAAACUUGAUUGGAUUAAUCCAAAUCGACGAUUACGUGGAUGUUUACAUAUAUGUGAUAAAGAUGCAUGUAAUCAAGCUUUUAAUCUUUGUUUUUCCAGAUGGAAUAUGAUAUUCAGUCUUAUUUUAUUACGAUUAUUUUUUUACAUAAGAAACUAUUCUACAUGUCAAUAA